UCAUCAGCCAUGAAAGCGGUUGUACUAGCCCUGACUUUGGCCUUCGUGGCUGGACAACAUUUUGAUUUGGUCCCUGAAUUUGCUGCCGGUAAGACCUACGUGUACAAGUAUGAAGCAUUACUCCUCAGCGGUCUUCCUGAGGAAGGUUUGGCAAGAGCUGGACUGAAAAUCAGGUCCAAACUUCUCUUCGGCCGAGCUGACCAAAAUACUUUAAUGCUGAAGCUUGUGGAACCUGAGCUCUUUGAGUACAAUGGCAUUUGGCCAAACGACUCAGCAAUCCCAGCAACCAAGUUGACGGCAGCCCUGGCACCUCAGUUUGCGAUGCCCAUCAAGUUCGAAUACACCAAUAGUGUUGUUGGUAAAAUCUUUGCUCCUGAAGGGAUUUCGCCUGUGGUGCUGAACAUCCACAGAGGCAUCCUGAAUGUUCUCCAGCUGAACAUCAAGAAGACCCACAAAGUCUUUGACUUGCAGGAGGUUGGAACUCAGGGUGUGUGCAAGACCCUCUACUCCAUCAGUGAAGAUGCACGUAAUGAGAACAUCCUUCUGACCAAGACCAGGGACCUGAACAACUGCCAGGAAAGACUCAUUAAGGACAUGGGAUUGGCAUACACUGAGAAGUGUGAAAAGUGCCAGGAGGAAACCAAAAACCUGAGAGGUACCACAACAUUCAGCUACACCUUGAAACCAGUCGCUAAUGCCAUCAUGAUCCUGAAAGUGGACGUUAAUGAGCUGAUCCAGUUCUUACCUUUCUCUGAGGAUAAUGGAGCUACUCAAAUGAGGACCAAGCAGUCCUUUGAGUUCCUUGAGAUUCAGAAAGACCCCAUUACACCUAUCAACGCUGUAUAUAGACACCGUGGAUCUCUCAAGUACGAGUUCUCCAACGAACUUCUUCAGACACCCAUUAAGCUUGUCAAGAUCAGCAAUGCAAAGGCCCAGACUGCAGAGGUCAUGAAUCAGCUUGCCACCAUCAACGUGGAGAAUCUUCAUGAAAAUGCACCUAUGAAGUUUUUGGAACUGGUACAGCUCCUCCGUCUUGCUCGCUACGAAGAUUUGGAAAUGUACUGGAACCAGUACAAAAAGAUGUCCCCUCACAGACACUGGUUCUUGGAUACCAUCCCUGCUGCUGGCACUCCCGCUGCUUUUAGAUUCAUCAAAGAGAAGUUCAUGGCUGAGGAAAUAAACACUGCUGAGGCUGUUCAAGCAUUGGUUGCAGCUGUGCACAUGGUGACUGCUGACCCCGAGGUUAUCAAGCUGUUCGAGAACCUGUUAGCGAGCGACAAAGUAGAGAGAAAUCCACUUCUGCGUGAGAUUGUCUUCCUUGGAUACGGUACAAUGGUUUACAAAUAUUGUAAUGAGACAGCAGCCUGUCCAGCUGAACUUAUAAAGCCUAUUCAAGAACGACUUUCAAAUGCUGUUGCCAAGAAUGAGGAAGAAAACAUCAUCCUGUACAUAAAGGUUUUGGGAAAUGCUGGACAUCCAUCUAGCUUCAAGUCUCUCACUAAGAUCAUGCCCAUCCAUGGCACUGCCGCUGCAUCUCUGCCAAUGAGAAUUCAUGUUGAAGCCAUCAUGGCUUUGAGGAACAUUGCAAAGAAGGAGCCCAGACUGGUCCAGGAUCUGGUUCUCGAGCUCUACAUGGACAAGGUUCUCCACCCAAAGCUCCGUAUGCUUUCCUGUAUUGUUCUCUUCGAGACAAGUCCUUCCAUGGGUUUGGUGGCCACUGUUGCCAACUCUGUGAAAACAGAGGAGAAUUUGCAGGUGGCCAGCUUCACUUACUCUCACAUGAAGUCCCUGAGUAGGAACCAUGCAACCAUUGAUCCUGAUGUUGCCGCUGCUUGCAACGUUGCCAUGAAACUAUUGAGCCCAAAGCUGGACAGACUGAGCCUGCGUUACAGCAAAGCUGUUCAUGUGGACAUCUACAAAAACUCCUUGAUGGUUGGUGCUGCUGCAACUGCUUUUUACAUCAAUGAUGCUGCAAAUAUUUUGCCAAAAACUGCUGUUGCAAAGACCAGAGCCUUCCUCGCUGGAGCAACUGCAGAAGCCCUGGAGAUCGGAGCCUCUAUUGAUGGACUGCAGGAGCUGCUUUUGAAAAACCCUGCUCUCGCUGAAAACACUGACAGGAUCACCAAAAUGAAGCGUGUCAUAAAGGCUCUGUCAGAAUGGAGAUCCCUGCCCGCUGACAAACCCCUGGCUUCUAUCUAUGUCAAGCUCUUUGGACAGGAGGUUGCCUUUGCUAGUAUCGAGAAACCCAUGAUCGACCAGGCUGUUAAGUAUGCCAAGGACUUACCCAUUCAGGAAUAUGGAAGAGAGAUUCUUAAGGCUCUGCUCGUGUCUGGUAUCAACUUCAAGUAUGCUAAGCCUGUGCUGGCUGCUGAGGUGAGACGCAUUCUUCCAACUGUCGCUGGUCUCCCGAUGGAGCUUGGUCUGUUCAGUGCUGCUGUGGCUGCAGCUUCUGUUAAAAUCAAGCCAAACACAUCACCACGCCUGCCAGAAGAUUUCCCCCUCCAGAAGCUCCUGGAAACAGACAUCCAGCUCGAGGCUGAGGUCAGACCAGCUGUUGCCAUGACCACAUAUGCAGUUAUGGGACUCAACACUGACGUUUUCCAGGCUUUUGUGAUAGCAAACGCCAACGUCCACUCUGUUAUGCCAGCCAAAAUUGCUGCAAGACUCAACAUCAAAGAAGGAGACUUUAAGCUUGAAGCUCUUCCAGUUGAAGUGCCUGAAAACAUCACAUUUGUGAAUGUGACAACCUUUGCUGGGUCAAGAAACAUCGAGGAACUUUCUAAAGAGAGAAUUACCUACCUCUUCCCUAAAAAACUCUUGCGCCCAAGCUCAGUCAAAUCAUCCGAGCGAGCUUCCUAUGCUGACAGCAUGCUCUCAUCCUCCGAGCUCCUUCCUGAGGAAGCAAAAUAUGUCAAGGCCAUUCGUCAACAUAAGGUUCGAGCAUUUGCCAAGAGGUACUGCGCUAAGAACAAAGGUGUUGGACUGAGGGCCUGUUUCAGGUUUGCCAGUGAAAAUGGUGCCUACAUCCAAGAUGGACUCUUGUACAAACUGGUUGGCCGCCACAACUUCUCUUUCUCUGUGACACCAAUUGAAGGUGAAGUGGUUGAGAGAUUGGAGAUGGAGGUUAAAGUUGGACCAAAUGCUGCAGAGAAACUUGUUAAACGCAUCAACCUGAACGAAGAGGAAACCACAGAGGAAAGAGGACCAGUUCUGAUGAAGCUCAGCAAAAUCCUGUCUUCAAAAAAGAACAGCUCCUCAUCUUCCUCCUCUAGCUCAAGCAGCUCUUCAUCCAGCCGUUCCUCAAAGAGCUCCUCCAGCUCUUCAUCUCGCUCCAGCCGUAAGAUCAGUCUUGCAGCCCGUGCGGACAACAGCAACAGCAGCAGCAGCAGCAGUAGCAGCAGCCGCAGAAGCAGCAGCAGCAGUAGCAGUUCCAAACGCAGUAGCAGUAGCAGCAGCAGCAGCAGCAGCAGCAGCAGCAGCAGCAGCAGCAGCAGCAGUAGCAGCAGCAGAAGCAGCAGAAGCAGGAGAAGCAGCCGCAGAAGCAAGAGUGGCAACUUAUCAAGAUCCAGCAGCAGUUCAGAUAGGACCAGCUCUGCAUCAAGCAUCGCAUCUCUCUUCAGCGGCAGUUCAAGCUCUUCUCGUUCCAGCUCCUCUCGCUCUAAGCAAGUGACUGAGAAGUUCCAGAGGUUGCACAAUAAGGAGAAUCCCUCCAAAUCAACUUCCAGAAGCAGGAGCACUUCCUCCAGCUUUGAGGCCAUCUAUAAUCAGAAAAAAUUCCUCAGGGAAGAGGAAAUUGUUGUGGCAUUGAUCGUCCGUGCUGUCAAAGUUGACAAGAGGAUGCUGGGAUACCAACUUGCUGCCUACCUUGACAAACCAAAUGCCAGACUUCAGAUCAUUGUCUCCAACCUGUCUGCUGAUAGCAACUGGAGGCUCUGUGCUGAUGGAGUUGUGUUGAGCAAGCACAAAGUUACAACUAGGGUUGCCUGGGGCGAGCAAUGCAAGAGAUAUAGCGCCAAUGCUACAGGAGAGACUGGUCUUGUUUCUUCAAGCCCGGCAGCUCGCCUCAGAGCGUCCUGGGAAAGACUGCCUUCUGUCCUGAAACGUUAUGGAAAGAUGGUCAACAAAUAUGUCCAUUCCAAAGUACUGUCAGACUUGAUUCACACAAAGAAAAAGAACAGCACCAGGAAAAUCUCAGUCAUUGCAGUUGCAACUUCUGACAGGACAAUUGACUUCAUUGUGAAAACUCCAAUGAAAUCUGUCUACAAUGUCACUGUGCGCCUUCCCAUGUCUAUGCCCAUUGAAGAGAUCAAAGGUCUCACCCCAUUUGAUGAAGUCAUUGACAAGAUCCACUUCAUGGUUUCAAAGGCUGCCGCAGCUGAAUGCAGCUUCUUUGAAGACACACUCUACACAUUCAACAACAAGAGCUACAAGAACAAGAUGCCUUCCUCUUGCUACCAGGUUGCCGCACAGGACUGCACUGAUGAACUGAAGUUUAUGGUUCUCCUGAGGAAAGAUUCUUCAGAGCAACACCAUAUCAAUGUCAAAAUUUCUGAGAUUGACAUCGACAUGUAUCCAAGGGACAACAACAUCAUUGUGAAGGUCAACGAAAUGGAAAUUCCCCUCACCAGCCUGCCUUACCGCCACCCAACAGCUUCCAUUGAGAUCAGACAGAGUGGAGAGGGCCUUGCUGUAUUUGCACCUAAACAUGGUCUCCAAGAAGUCUACUUUGACAAAAAGACAUGGAGGAUCAAAAUUGCUGACUGGAUGAAAGGUAAGACCUGUGGACUUUGUGGAAAGGCUGAUGGAGAAAUCAGACAGGAGUACCACACUCCCAACGGACGCGUGGCUAAGAACUCAGUCAGCUUUGCUCACUCCUGGAUUCUGCCUGUUGAAAGCUGCAGGGAUGCCUCUGAGUGCCGUCUGAAGCUUGAAUCUGUGCAGCUGGAAAAACAAUUGACCGUUCAUGGUGACGAUUCCACAUGCUACUCUGUUGAGCCUGUACCUCGCUGUCUGCCUGGAUGCUUGCCAAUCAAGACCACCCCCGUCACUGUUGGUUUCAACUGCUGGUCAUCUGAUUCUGAGAGCAAUGUCUAUGACAGAAGUGUGGACCUGAGAAAGACUACCCAAGCUCACCUGGCUUGCAACUGCAACACCAAGUGCUCUUAACUACAUUUCCUUUAAGUCACUAUGUGUAAAUUUUUUCUGUAACAAUAAAUAAACUGCAUCUUAAAAUUCA